UAUAUAUCUACUAUAUUAGGAUUACCAAGUCCUUUUUGGAUUAUACAAACCAACUGCUUAAGGGAAAGAAGUUUUCUUAUGCCUAUAUAUAGAUGAUCAAGGCGCUGCAAGUUUUUCAAGAGAAAAAGAAAAACAAAACUUGUAAUGGAUGCUAAGAAUAAUUUUGAUGGGUGGAAAGAAGUACCAGCGGAAAUUAUUUGGUUGAUUAUGGAGAAAUUACACUUGAUAGAUAAUAUUCGAUUAGCGGCGGUUUGCAAAGAUUGGAGACAUGCUUGCAUGGCUCUGCCCACCAAGCUCAACCACCGUAGCGACGCAGUGCCGUGGAUUUUGAUGAUGAACAGAAGCGUCACCAGCAGCGAUGAUCAUCUCAAGUUCAUUCGAGUUUCAACUCCAACGGUGCUCAAUAUCCCCAUUGAUAACAGAUUCCAUCAUCAAUCUGAUACUCCUUUAUGCUCUAAAAAGGGGUGGUUACUGGUGGAGAAGGACUUGAAUUCUCUGUUUUUACUUAAUCCUAUUACCAAGGAGAAAAUCUCGCUGCCUGAAAUCGCCGUACUUAACCGAUGUACUUUUUCAGUUGUGGACGGUAGACCCAAAUUUGUUCUACUUGCUAAUCUGUAUCGGAGAGGUGAUCAAGAAAAAGUACUUAUUCUACGAAGAUGGCGUCCGGGAGAUAAUUCUUGGACAAUCAUCGGCCACUUUAGCACUAAUCUCCACUUCAAUAAAUCAAGAUUGACUCUAUGUGUAGCCGGAGAGUCUAUAUACUGUGUUGAUGAAACAGGUUGGGUAAUAAUAUACGAUAUGAAAAGGAUGGAUUGGGUGAAAAAGGGUAUGGAGAUACCAUCAAAUUAUGACGAAAACAUCCGCCUUAUGACAAAAAUUGCAGAAUACGAUGAUAAAGAGAUCCGUCGACUGGACAUCUCAUGUUGUGAUUUAUUGACAAACGUAACCAAACGAAAGUACAUAAUGGACUUCACAUUGUACAGAUUAAACGAGGAGAAGAUGCAGUGGGAGAUACUGUCCGAGACUGAUAUUAAGGAUACGUCAUGGUGCAUAGGAUGUACUCUCUCCCCCGUUCUGGCUAAAGGGGAACCGCGCAUCUACAUUGUUAGAUAUGGUCAUUUAUAUUUUUCCGACAUCCGUAAGCCGACUCAAAGGGGUGCUCCUAUGCGACACUUGUUCACUCGCCGGAACAACCCUAUCCCUCAUCAUUAUUCAGGCUGCAAGAACAACCAACAUGUUUGGUUUGACGUUUGACGUGGACUGAUUGUUUCUUUCUUUUUAUUUUCUUGCAUUACUUCACAUAUUAUUAGUUUUGUCUUUCCGACAGCAACUUUGUUGCUUUGAUAUAUAUUUAUUUUAUGAAAGAAUAAUUUUAUAUGAUUCAUUUUUUGCAAAUUGAUUGAUGCAGUUUUAAAUUUAACUCUUGUUGGGAUAAACGCAUAUGAAUCAGAAAACUGUGAACGCAUAUAUAGUCCAAUAAAAUCAGCAAUAUAUAUAGAUCAUAAUGAAAAAAUGCAAACCGGCCAGUUCCUUAACUUGAGAUUUUUAAUUUUCACAACAUGGAUCUCCAUCCGUUAUUAAGAUGCAAAACUGAAAUUUAUGUCCUGGUCAUAAUUUAUUUUUUAGAAGUUGCCCUCUGUUGCUGGUGUAUUGAGAGUUGAGGCAAAUCCUCAAUUAUACAGGCUAGUUCAGUUUGCAUCU